AUGGGCGGCGGUGAAACCCCUGCAGGCGAUGAGAAAGAGCGAGACGGUGAGUCCUGCAUAGCCGUUGCCAUCUGCAGUUGAUGACUCUGUUUAAUCUAAACUCACAGCUUUUUAGAGUGGCAACAAGGCGUAAGCACAUUCAACAUUGAUUUUUCAUCUACAGGUUUGCUAAUCAGUCUGAUUUUUCCACGUGAUGCAUCGAAGAUGAUAAUGCGAAAAUAUCUCCUGACACUUCUAUUCCUCUUAACGCACUUAAAUUAUGCAAAAAACAUGCACUUAAGCUACAGCGAGCGUAUGAAGUCCUGCAAUAGUGCGUAGUUCAAACGGGUUGUAAUUAGCUUAUCAGCACAAUGAAUGCUGAGGUCCACGUUUUGUCUCCAAAAACGGCAGGUUUUCUGGCUUGUUUCUUAAGCUUGCCAUGCAGAAGAUAAGAAUUGCACAGUAGACUGAAAUCAGUUUCGUCUGCGCAUAUCGAGUCUGUCCUGAAUCCCAACAAGAGGCGUAGUGGAUUUUGAGUUUGGUCCGCCCAGUGAGUCAGGAAAUAGUGAAAUGCCGGUAUGUCAUAAAUUCAAGGCACGCCCGGGAUGUCGGGACGACCUCCAGCUGCGCUGUCGAUUUGUUCACGCUGUGCUUAAUAAGAGAUUGGCAGAUCAGUAUUUCGAUCGAUAGGGCUCUCCUUUAAGUCGAUCUGCCAAUCGCUUACCACGCACUGCGUGAAGAGAUCAGCAGCGGAAUGUGAUUUUUCCGUUGUGCUUUUGGGUUCGUACUAGAACGCUCGUAGGCCGUCCCAUAGCGACUAGUAGCAGAAGUAAAUGACAUGAUCGGUGAGCGUCCAUCUGUCGUAAUUGAUAUUUCCAAUCACAACCGACAGGACGACGGGCCCGUGGCUCAAUGGUAAAGUUUUAAACUCCAUGACCAAAGAUCCCCGGUUCACAUUUGGGAUUGGGUAAGACUGGCUGAUGACGGCUUAUAAGCCAGAAAGGGCCAUUCCGACUUCCUUGUCUUUGUCGGUACCAUGCCAUUUACUUUUACUACUAGUCACUGUGCGAGUGCCUGCGAGGGCUCUAAUUUGAGCCUCAGGCCACAAUGGAACGAGAACGUUCCGCAACCUGCUCGGUUAGCGUCCAUCUCUCAUGACAUAUGUGUAUAUUUAUUCGGAAGAAAAGAGUUCUUUGGGAAAUAUAAACAAAUUUAAUUGUACAUUUCACACUUGGGUUCCCCAGGUCUUUCUCAGCCCUGAAGUAAUUGUGCCAAAUGCCUAAAUAUCGAUUUUGCUCUGUUACUCCUGCUGGCGUAAUGUUCUGAUUGGCUGACGCCUUUUCCACUUUUGUUUGGGGUUGUUGUACACAGCAGCCAAUUGUACGUGUUCAAAUAAUGUAGGAGUUAUCAAAAUGAAUGGUCUCUAAAAAUUCGCGACCUUUCUUGGAUAAGCAGACACGUACAAUGCGAGUCUUGUCCCAGGCGCAUUUGUGUCCAGUUUCCAGCGUAUGCACACCAACUUGGGACAAGUGGUCUCGCCUUUUUACGUCCAGUUGAUUUUCGUGUAUUCGUGUAGAGACCGAUUUUUCAGUUUGACACAGUAAGUCGAAUCGCAGGUGUUGCAUAGUACCUUAUAGACGACUUCCUUUUUAGCGAAAUAGCCAACCCUGUCCUUAGGAUGUUCCAGCUGGUUACGAAGUGCAGUCGUCGGCUUGUAGUCACGUAAAUUUGGUUCUUCCUCAAACGUCCGUCAACCAGUUUGGUCACACUCUCAAUGUACGGAAGUGUUUGUUAGUUUUUUUAGUUUGGACGUCUGAUCGGAACGAUCUGGUUUCUUGUCUUUUUCUUUUAACUCCUGUCAUCUCAUGCAUCGGUGUACAAAAUAUCUAAAAUGCACAUUCUGGGAACACAAUUUAAACAAAUAAUUCAGUCUUGUUUGACAGGUUUCGUUGUCAGAGCAGUGAGUUAUUGCUCGGUUGAGGAGGCUGUUGACGGCACUCCGUUUGUGAGAGAUCGGGUGAUUGCCCUCGUACUGCGUAGUUUUCCUUGCGGUAAACUGAAGUGUGAAAUGCUCCGUCUGGCGUUCUCUGUAUGAGGACAUCAAGAAACGGGUAGCCUCUUCUGAGAAAAAUCAAGUUUCACCCGUCAGUUGAAAUAACCUGGGAAAGAGUGAGAUUUUCCCACUAGGUACAUACGAACAAGCGGAUCGUGAGUGAACGGUGUGGGCUGCGGUUGCGGCUCCCCUGUGUCCAUUCCUUUCACGCCAAAGUAAUUUAGUUGGGCAUCUCAUUCGCUGCUUUGUCCCUUUAGUCUGACAACGAUUCGCUGCCGUCAACUUUAAAAUUCGCAAGUAAAACUUGCCUUCUUUCCAAAGAACCCCCUUUUCAUUAUAUCGGUCCGGAAUUCGUAGUACAGCUCGUGUUCUACGUCAAUUUUCCACGUUCUUUAUCGAAAUAAAUAAGACAACGGGCGCCCGGUCCAGUGGUAGAAAUGUGGACGUUUAAACAUUCAAUGAGGAAAGCUUCGGGAUUCAAAUCCAGGCCUAUGUUAACCUAUGGCUGGACAUGGCUGACUGACGAAGGCCGAAAAGCCACACAGGGCCAUCCCUCUCUCCAUCAGUGGUCGCUGUACGUCGGUCUGCGCGAGCUCUAGGCACAGAGGGAAGGGCUUUUCCAGCGAAUGUCUCUCUGGUAUAUCUCAUGAAAUUCCAGUAACAAUAAUGAAAUUUGCCUACAAUUCCAAAGUGUUUCUUGGAUGGACCUGUUACACUGAUUCUUCUACAGCACAUCUCCAGGAUAUUUCAAUCCAGCAAGGAUAUCCAGCUUCCGAAUUAGUACCUUUCGGGGCGCCUGCAAAAUUGCACCGGACAAAAAGUGACAACUUUCUCAUCGGUCUUCGAUAAUAUUAUAGACUAAGAUAUAUUUUGUACAAAAACAAACAUAACCUUUAUCGCACUCAUUCGAUACCAACUUACGUCUUCUUCAAAUUGUCUACUAGAAGAAAGUGGAUCUUUCAGCCUAGAUAAAGCUGGUGAUAAUAAGAUUUUUGAAGACCAUGAAAUGUUCAUUCAUACAGUAUCGUAAGUGUAAGCUCAUAAAUGUUUUUUAAAGUAAAAACGCGGUUCAAAUCCAUAAAAAAACUGUAUAUACGCUAAAUGAUUUUUUUCCAAUAAUGGGAGGAAUUGCAUAGUUUUUCUUAAAUGAAAAGUAUGCAGGAUGUGUUUUUGAAAACUUAAGCGUGAGUACAUCUGCAGGUUCAAGAUUAUUAGGGUCUUUCGGAUUUUUUUCAAAACCAAACCAUACCCUUCUUCAGUAUAAAAUUUGAAAAAAAUGUAAUUUGAUGUCAAAGGAUUAAAAGAGCGAAGUCUUGCGCAUGCUUUCUUUAAAAUAUACUUGAAUUUAUGAGAGCGUCAAAAAUCAAUGUGAAGAAAUAACACUAUCAAGGUAUUUGUUAUUUUUAACGAGGGGGAAUUUUGCAAGCAGUUCGAAAAAAGCUCAUUCAAAAGCCGGCGUCCCAGUAUGACUGCAAUAUCUCGAGAUUUUGCUGCGCGAUAACUGAUAUUACAACCGCACUCAAGUAUUCCCUUUUAUGCAUUGCAGAAUUUCAGUCAACACUUUGUGAGAAUGCAUAUCUUCUGUAAACGCAUAUAUGUUUAUUAUCCAGACUUUCAUAACACAACAGGUGGAUAUAAAAUCGCAAAAAACGUUCGGGCAAAUCUGAAUAUUUGCUGUCGGAAGUAUCCAAAACUUCAAGGAGGCGGUAUCUGUAAAAAUGCCGACAACAACUAUUCCUAUUAAAAUAAUGUACGCCACGUCCAUGGAUGCCGAAAAAUAAUUUCUUCGCCCUGUCUAUGACGGCGGAACCAUCACUUAUCCCACGCCGAGUUUGCCCAAUGCAUCUAUGUGCUGGCCAAAAUUACAAACGCAAAUUGAUUGGGAGUUAAGCCACUUUCCUAUUUUCGAUCACCCAAAAUACGAUUGGUUGACCCUACGGCUGCUUAUGUCGUUACUAGUUAAGGACGAAAUCAUAUGUUGACAUCAUCUGACGUGCCAUCCUCCCCUGCACCUACAGUAAGUGUGCUAAUUCAUGAAGGGUCAACUGAAAUCUCCAAAUGCGUUUUAAUUUCGAAAAGACUAAUUAAGUAGGGUUAUAAACCUUAUCACCAUGCAGCAUAAUUGCAUAGUGAUUCGACUGCCAUGGAAUGCCGGCUUUUAAACGAAAUUAUUUUCGGCUACGUGCAAAAACAAUUUCCCGUAAAAAGUGGCUACUUAAGUUGCUUACAUUUUUCCCAUUGAUUUUCGAGGCCCUUAAAAAUUCAAUUAUAUUUCACAGAAAGCAUGCAUUAAAAUAUCAAUUCAUACACUCAUUCCGUAGAAAAUUACGUCUUCCUACAAUUUUAUGCUCGAAGUAAGUGGAUAAUUCGGUUUUUAGAAAGUUUCUAAUUGCCAGAUUUUUCAAUCCCAUGAAAUGGCCGUUAAGAAAACGCGAUGCCCCUGCAUUUAGUAACGUGACUUGUACAGUUAACAAUAUGGUUUAAAUCUACUACUAAAUUUUAUGAACCCUAUUUUGUUUCCCUUUAAUACCGUAGAGAAAUGUAUGGUUUUCCGUACGCAAAGUUAAACGGUUUAUAAGUUGGAAACCCUGAAUUCAAUUGUAACGUCAGGUCAGCGUUCAUAAUUAUUCGGGAAAUGGAAAGGAUUUUGAAAUCCGAGUUAUAUCCUCCCUUCGAGUAUAAAAUCGGAAGAAAAAGUGAUUUCAUACUAAAUGAAUAAAAGAAUGAAUAUUUUUAUGUAUGUUUUCGACAUAAUAUAAUGAAUUUUUUAAGGGCAUUGAAAAUCAAUUAGAAUAAAAUGUAUUCUACUUAAGUAAACACUUUUUACAGGGCAUUGUUUAGGAACAUAGCCGGAAAGAAAAUAGUUCGAAAGCCGGCAUCCCAAGGCAACUGAAUUGUUAUGCACGUUUGCUGCACGGUGAUUAGUUUUACAUCCCUACUUAAUCAAUAUUUUCGAAACGAAAAUGCAUUUCGGAUUUCGGCUGACAUUUCAUGAGUUAGCGCACUUACUGUAAAGAAGUCAAUUAAGAGGCAGAGAGAGACAGAUGGAGAAUCAGUAAGAAAAUGCGCACAGCAAUGUCUCUUCUUGAGUCCUCAUUUCAUUCUGUAUACCUGUCUUUCAUCUCCUCGUGUCACGCCGGUGCAGACGGGACACCGAGAGUCGCCCCAACAAAAUCAGCCGACCUCAUGCUGAAGCUGUUGAAGGAUGUUUCGACGUCCAAGUUGGUGCCUUCAACAUCAACGUCCCCAGCAACCAAUGGCGUGGAUCAACCAAGCGGAUCCUCUCCGGCAGCCAAGGCUGAGCUGCCCAUCCUCUACACACCGAAUCCUGGUAAAAAGUAUGCUUGUUGCGUGUGCGAGAACACCCUACGAAGGCCUGUACAGUUCCACGUCUGUGGACACAACUGCUGCUCCAAGUGCUUUACCGACUUAAUGGCGUGAGUCAGAAACGCUACUUUUACUAGUCUGAAAUCAGACGUUAUGAUCGGGUCACUUGUAGAGUUCGUUAAAGUAUAAAUGAGAUAAAGAUAAAUCGGCGGGGCAGCAAGGAGUCUGGCAAAUUCUCUGUUUCGAGCUUGGUCAUAGCCUCGUAGGUUAUCUAUAUCCUUGAACACCAUCUUCGAUCGGAGGCACAAAGGAUCUGCACAAAUACUACACAAUCGGUCUGAGUAAUCACAGUUUUUUUCUGCCCUGUUAAAGAGAGGAACAUGUCGUGGAGACUUUUCCUUUCAAAAAGAGUCUCGCACCUUAAAAUGGCAUUCAGUCAUAUUGCUGCUACGGUUAAAAAGUUCCCGGUCAGUCUUUGUUCUAGUCUGCUAACUUCUACACUGCCCGAAGAUGUGCGCCUGAACAUACGUAGCUGUUUAACUGGUACCCUACGACCAGCGAAACAUCAGCAAACGCUACUGGUUGAGGAAGAUGGAAACGGUUUAUAUCUGAGCAACUCCACCUACAGUGACUUUUAAUUAUUAUAUCGAUUUGUCCUAGCUGCUCUUGGCAAACCAACGACAGACCGAUGUCUGCUAGCUGAGUCAUCGUUUGAAGGGCGCGUGCGAAUAGGCUUGCGGAAGCUUUAGCCGACCUGGUAAACGCCAAUCUAGUAACUGGGUUGCACACUUUAACCAAAUUUAGCAGGGACUUAUUAGCACCCAAACUGUCGCCCGACAUGCGGAUAGCAUACAAAAGAGAUUGACAUGAUAAUCCUGCUUCACAAAGGACUCGUUUGCUGACUAACAUUUACAGCAUUAGACAUCUGUUUUAUCCAGUGGUCUAACCGGAGUUUACUGCGCCGUUCCAAUUUGUGGUUUUGAAAAUCCUGCAUACGGCAUCUCAUUCAAAAUGCCUACUGAUUUGUGCCUUGUCUGGGUUCAUUGCCCAGAAGCUUCCGCCGCCAUCGUUGGCUUGGCAGGCGUCAACGUUGCGGAUUUUCUCCCAUGACAAUGAGUGCUCUUUAUCCAGCGUUUACAUGGCCACUUAAGAUAGAUGGCCUCCCCUCCGCACAGCUGGCUGGUAUUGAUAAACAAGACUGGAGCAAAGUUACUUGGUUGGCCAUAAUAUACUGGGCCGCAUUUGGUGCAUGAAACUUUUUGUUUGGAGCAGAAAGACCUGUCCAUGGGGUGUCGUAGGUCUGUGUUCUAGCAAUAUUCGGUGUGCGGUAAUGCAUGAGGCGACAAAGUCUAGUGAAAAAAGCGGCUUUUAGACGACGAUGUUUCCUACCUUGGGGAAUUUAACUGGGCAGGAUGCAUGUCGUUUGAAAAUAAUGCCUUACUUUUGGAUUACUAAAGUCCCAACACCCACCACCUACCUCAUUUAAUCUCAUGUACACUCCCACACCCUUUGCUGACACACGCCCUAUAUUCGUUUGUCGAAGAUAACAAACCUGCCUGUUAAGGUUACUUUAUUUCAAAAUUGAUGCUUCUACGGUUUUUACCCACCGAAGCGCUGAACAACACGGCCAAAAACGAAAGAGUCUUUGUAAUUUCAACCAGGCUAGUCCUUCCUUGCAUGAAGAAUGUGAGUGAUAAUGUUGAGAAAGACAUCUGGGACCGCACCAACUACCGGUGGCGUUUGUUGCAUGUCUACCGAUCAGUCGGGUAAUAAACGUUCAAAAGGUAUGGAAUAGAUAUCACCGUUUUUCCAGGGAACAUGUUUAUCUCAAAUAUGCCUGCAUAUGCUGCCCAAUCAAGUGACAACGUGCCUCCUUCCGCAGGGAGAAAAAGAGAAUAAGAUGGCGACAGAAAAAAAUUUAAUAUCCUGAAGUUUCUACUACUGACUAACUUUGGCGUUGUGCCUCACUGGACAUAAGCACAUGUUACGGUCUUUAGGACUGCACUUAGAAAAUGGUAGUGUUUUGGGAACCAGAUCGACAUUGGUCAUCUGGAAACGCAGUAUCGAUUCCUCUUUGGGUUGGUUCAUCUGAUCUCUGAUCUAGUUUCACUUCAUCUUCUCCACGUGCUCGCUCCUCGUCUGAUUGGCUUGAUUGCAACAGCAGUGACUCCUGUGUGGCGACAUAUGUCUCAGUCUGAUAGGAGGAUAUGCAAUGGCACAAAGUUUGGCAGACCUUGGGAAGGUUAGCUCGACGAUUACUUGAACUUACACGUACAAAACACGUCCAGCAUGAGACCGCCUUGCAUGCGAACAGUUUCCAACCAGGAGUGUCGUUCACUUGAAGGUCGGAGGUAUAGUGGGGCGGCUGGACGUAUUAUUCCAACUGGUCCUUGUGUAGACUAGUAUCCAUUUGUCGUUUGGUUCCCCCAAGCUCUAGCUUUUAUCUGCUUUUGGACCCAUGAUAUCUGCAAGCACUCAGGCGAUAAGGUGUUUGGCACGGCAGAUGGUUGAAAUUGGGGACUCAGUAUCUAGAUUCAAGGAAUUAGAUUGGUACUUCUAGUGCCGGGGGCAAAGCGAAAUCAAAUGAGCUAGUCCCUUUUAUCCAACGUCAAUUUACGCACGCCAUAUAGUCCGUUCAAUAUCGGUGUUAGAGGAUCAAGCUUCUCAAAUGAUUGCAGGCAAACUCACGUCUCUUCUUCGAUCUCAGAAUGGCUCUAGGUGGUUGGUCGUACUAGUUCUAUGUACAACAUCAAGAGGAAGGUCACCCAUGAGAUCUUGUAUCAUUCCGUAAACUAGCACAACUAUGUAAUUCUAGACAGUAUGACUUCCCGAAAGAACAAUCCCGUCCCACAAAAUUGUCUUUCAACAGGGGACAUCCCGAGUGGGAAAUUUAACCCUGGAGAAGGGACGAUCAACCGUCGUGAUGAAUAGAGAAGACUAUAAUGAAAAAGCUAAAGCCCUUCUUGAUGACAGAGAAUUUUACAGACCAGCACAGAAGUCACAAGCCAAAGCAGUGACAGAUCGGCUGAGUAAACUGCUUAGAGAAUACCGACAUAAAAAUGUGAUCACGGAGAAUGAAUGGCACCAAAUGAGGGCAACUGACACCGCUCUAGCCCGAUUCUAUGGUCUGCCAAAAAUCCAUAAAGCAAAUGUCCCACUUCGGCCAAUCGUUGCCCUCAAAGGCAGCCCCACCUACAACUUGGCAAAGUGGAUGUACUCAAAACUGAAGUUCCUCCAAGGCAAUUCGACUACCUCUGUUCGAUCAGCCUCUCAAUUCCUCAUAGACCUCCGAGGUCGGAGAAUUCAAUCGGACGAAAUCAUGGUCUCCUUCGAUGUGACGUCGUUAUUCACGUCUAUCCCACCAAACGUGGCCCGCGAAGUCUUGAGCAAGAGACUUGAAGAGGCGUACGAUGAGACUCAGAAUGCCCUCAAAAUUGAACACCUCAUGAGGCUGUUUGAAUUCUGCCAACAAACGUUCUUCACUUUUGCGGGAGAGACCUAUGAACAAAUCAAGGGAACCCCAAUGGGCUCACCGGUCUCCGGCUUGGUGGCAGAACUGGUCCUACAGGAGUCGGAAAAGAUUGCCUUCCUCCAACAUGAACCGGUGUUUUGGUGACGUUACGUUGACGACACGUUCGUCAUCGUAAAGAAGGACAUGCUGCAACAUUUUCACUGCCUGCUCAACGCAGUCUUCCCGUACAUAAAAUUCACGAGAGAAGAAGAACAGGAGCAGCAGUUGCCCUUCGUGGAUGUGCUCGUCAGACGAAACCUUAACGGUGAACUUGAAACGACGGUUUAUAGGAAGGCAACGAACACCACACAGCUGCUCAGUUUUCACAGCAACCAUCCGGUGGCUCGCAAAAGAAGCUCUGUGAAGACGCUCUCCAAACUGAUCCAAACUCAUUGCAGCAAACUGGAAGACAGAGCGCGUGAGGCCCGUUAUCUCCGCGACCAGUUUGUGCAAAAUGGCUAUCCGAGGGCAUUCAUAAGUCGCUGCCUACGCGGUCGCCACCAGAGAACUCAAACAUCAACGCCACCGACGAUAUGGCAUUCUCUGCCAUACAUCAAGGGUGUUUCAGAAGCGACCGAGCGCAGUACUGCGGAGCUAGGGGUUGGAAUCGCACACCGCCCCAAAGCCACCAUGCGCAACAGGGUCAUGAAGAUCAAAGACCGUUUAAAACCUGAAGAGCAAUCUGGAGUAGUGUAUCGCAUUCCGUGUAAAAAUUGUCCUUGUAAUUACACAGGACAGACUGGACGCAUGCUCGGAUCGCGCAUACAUGAACAUAAGCUGGCUGUGCGGCGAGGCGACGCAUUGUCACAAGUGGCCGCCCACACCUACGAAAUGGGUCACGAGUUUGACUUCGCUGCCACCAAAAAAGUCGCCCACGCCGGAAACAAAACAGGCCGAGAAUUGAUUGAAGCCUUGGCCUCGGAUGAGAACUCGGUCAAUCGAUUUAUCGAUCUGGCGCCGGCGUACAGAGCCCUUCGUAGUCACGUCCAGUCGUGCGACGUCGGUCGAUGAUUGGGUCUUCGUGCCUUAUAACUGCCGCUUGUCCUGUUUCUGCCACUACCUCUGACGAUGGACUCCUGUACGAGUCUGAAAGCUCAGGAUAAUAAACGAAUUGUUCCGGUGCUCGAUUCUUCUUCUUCUUCUUCUUCUUCUUCUUCUUCUUCUUCAAAUAUGCAUACACCUGGAACUCGAAAUUUCGCCUUCAUUCGUGUCUAGUGCUGUUUUUCAAACGCAGCACUACAUUCGCUACACUUACUCAUCGGUUAUCUAUAGAAUAGCUCUGUGGACAUGGUCUGCCUGAAACAGCUGAGGAUUAGAAGUCUUCUAGUACAUACGAAUUCCUAUUAAGUACGCAAACCCGGUAAUCAUCUAGUAACUUUAGGAUUGCUUACCUAGAAAAUCCUGUAUGAGCAAUCAUAUUUGGUGGGCUUCACACGUUACAGUAGGAUAGGUGGGCAGCUUUACCAAAAUGUGAUUAAAAUCACGGCUCCCAGUGGGACCUCGUAGCUCAGGUGGCUAGGCCGUUGACUGUAGUAAAACCUUUCCCUUUCUAUCGUGUGUUCGAAUUCCACUGAGGUCACCGAGUUUUUCACAGAUGGGUCAAAAUAAAUUAUUCAAAAUCUGUCAAAACUCCUAUUAACAUGCGAACAGCUCGUUGGUGUUUGAUCCAGUGUCGGACAACAGGGAUACGGUAAGAUCACAUCUGUCGUUUGUAUAAACCACCUGACAGAAAUCAUUUUCUGUAACGGCCUAUCGCACUUAUGGCUGAUUAGCUAUGAUAACGUAAGUAUCUCCGAAUCGGUGCCUUAGACCGACGUCCAGGUCACACAAGUCAAUUCACCAGAGGUUUUCAAAUCCUUAAUAAACAACCCUUUUAUAUGCUAAACACCGCCUGAGUCCGGCUGUAUAAUGAAUAUAAUUCAUUAAGAGAAAUCUUCAAAAGUGCUCCUAGACAUUAAAAUUCGAGAAGAAUGAGACGAUUCGGGCGACCAGACCUGUUCCUUCUUCUUCUUCUUCUUCUUCUUCAUGUCUCCUGCGGAGUUUUAGAAGACUAUAUGGAUUAUAACCCCGUCUAGACUUAGAUGCCAGGCCCUCAUCUAGUUUACAGCUUAGACAUAACCUGAUGGCAGCAGAACCUUUUCCUGUGCUCUGUAAAUACCAAUGUUUCAUUGGAAUUUUUUUAGAAAAAAAACGUUCUCAGCUGGUCAUCUCCGACCACCUUUGGUCAACUUUUUCGUUAUCCAGUCAUUUUUUCUACUUUUCUACAAAUUUUGUUACCUUCCAUUUUCUGAGUGGCUUUGAUUUUUGUCGCUCGUUGGUCCGUUUCCGAUCGAUCACUUUACAGAUGUCUGUCCAAAUGCUUCAGAUCUUAGUUCAGAUUUAUUCGUCACACGGUUUCUCUCAGUGAAUCAGUAAAACCUACCGUUUACACUAUAGCUUUGACUGGAACUAUGAAUUUUCAAGGUACACUAAGUGGGCUUACGCAUAAAAUGUCAGCCGAAAUUCCGAAAUGCUUUUCUGUUUCAAAAAGAUUAAUUGAGUAGGGUUGUAAAACCAAUCAUCCAACAGCAUAAUUUUAUAAGAAUUCAGUUAACGCAAGACGUCGGCUUUCGAACGAACAUCUUUACGGCUGCAUGCGAAAACCAUACUCUGUAAAAAAUGACUACUUAAUUAGCAUGCAAUUUUUAAUCGAUUUUGGAUGCCCUUAAAGAUCCAACCAUAUUUUAUGGAAAACAUGCGGUAAAGUAUUCAUUAUUUUGCUCGUUCAGUAAAACAUUAACUAUUCCCUUAAUUUAACACUCGAAGGAAGGUUAUAAAUUGGUUUUAUAAGAGUUUUGAAAUUUCCGAAUAAUUUUGAACCCGGCCUGCUGUUGCAAUUGCUUUCAGGGUUCCCAAACUACAAGCCGUAUAAUUUCCGCGUACGGAAAACAUACACUUCCCUGCGGCAUUAAGAGGAUAUUAUAUGAGGUUCAUAAAAUCUGUCAGUGUAGUUCAGCCACAUUGUUGGCUUUACAAGCCACGUUGGUAAAUGCAGAGACAUGACGUUUUAUGAAGGGCCAUUUCACGGUAUUAAAAAAUCCCACAAUGAGAACCUUAUUAAAAACCUAAUAAUACCCUUUCUUCGAGUAUCAAAUCGAAAGAAAAAGUGACUUCCUACUGGAUGAGUAAAAGAGUGAAUAUUUUUAUGCAUGUUUUCCAUGAAAUAUAAUCGAAUCUUUAAGUGCAUCGAAAAUCAUGGAAAAAAAGUGCAUGCUACGUAAGUAGCCACUUUUUUACGGAAAUGGGCUUUUAAAUGCAGCCGGAAAGAAGUUUGUUCGAAAGCCGGCAUCCGCGGGCAACUAAAUUAUUCUAUAAUUACGUUAUAAAAUUAUUGGUUUUUCAACACUUUUUAAUUAAUGUUUUCAAAACGUACACGCAUUUCGGAAUUUUUGUUGAGAUUUCAUGAGUUAGCCUACCUACUGCAGUCUAACGUUCUAGUGAUCUUUCGGCAAGCUCGAAGCCGCCCAUCCUAUUCACUAUUCGCAUACUGCCAGUGUCUGUGACCGAAUAUGAGCCUUUUUAAACUUCUAUAUACAACCCUUUCCUCUUUAAGGUCAUCAGGACGCUGUCCCGUGGACGGUCAAGUGUUGGAGCGCAGCGAGGUGACCGUGGACAAGCAGAUGCAACGGGAAUUGGACCACCUGGGUGUGAAGUGCAAUUACUUCGAGCAGGGCUGCACCUGGACAGGCCUGGCCAGCGAGUUGGACGAACACUUGGAGGACUGCCAGUGUCGCCUAGUCACUUGCGUCUACGACUGCGGUGUAGAAUUCGAGGUCGGUGUUCUGCUUUUCUGUCUACGGACGGCAUCCAUAAGUAUCUGUGUCCCACCUACAUCCCAUAGGUCUGUUAGAAGUGGGCUUGUCAAGGGCAGCAGUGUGUGCAACUCUUCGAUUGGACAGUUCAAGGUCACGCCUCCAGAUGGUCGAUUUUGACUUUGAUGCGCUUGAAGUCAUUGCAAGCAAAUGCUCGUUUAAAAGCAGAUGGCUCAUUGGCAUCAUUCGGAAUGCGCGGCACGACAGGCAGGCCCUGUUAAGGAAUAAAACAGACUGGAAAUUAAUGAAGGACUUUUUUUAAAACUCCCUUCGUCCGGUUGGGCCUCGUAGCUCAAGUGGCUAGAGCGUUGGCUGUACUAAAGCCUUCCCCUUACUGCGUAGGUUCGAAUCUCACCGAAGCGCCGAGUUUUUCACAGUUAGGUCAGUAUGAAUUAUUAAAAAGCUGUCAAAACAGCUAUGAAUUAUGUGAGUUUGUUAGUCAUCUGGUGGAUUCUAGGUGAAUUAUUUAGGAAAUCCUGCUUCGGCAGUCAACUUACUGUAUCAAAUUUAGUGGAUUCCGGACGUUGCAGUAGGUUGGGCGGGUAAUUUGACUUAAAUGUGACUAAACUCGCGUCGUCAUCCGGUGGGGCCUUGUAGCUCAGAUGGUUAGAGCGUUGGCUGUACUAAAGCCCCCCUCCCCCCCCCUUACUGCGUGGGUUCGAGUCCCACCGAUGCGCCGAGUUUUUCACAGUUGUCUCAAUAUGAAUGUAUAAGAUUUUAGUUUAGUAAGGGAUACUUGCUGUUACAAUUUUCUAAUGUACAGUUUGAGACCGCUGUUUCACACUAAGCUAGCUGAAACAGGAAGCCAACAGCAGGCUAAUUUCCUGAACAAUAUCUUUUGACGGUUUCCCGAGCGGUAGAAAAUUUGUGGAUUGCUGUUUUUGAGUCCUUCACACAUCUUCCAAAAGCAGGCGGGCAGCAGGCGGAAUUAGGUUGGGAGACCUUGGUGUAUCUUAGAUUUGGAAAAGACAGUAAAAAUCGCGGGUACAAAACUCCUUUCUCUUUUACGACUGCAAGGUUUUGAAAUUCACAACUGCUGUAUUUAAAUCAUUUAAGAUGAUAAGUAAAGAUAGAGUUUGAUGAAGGUGAUAUGUGCAUCAGGGCUUGACUUAAGCCUUUAUACUUCCACACUUCAAAUUGCUGGGGUAAAGUUCUGCAUCAAAUGUCCUCCCUCUUCCUACUUUGUCCAUUCUUAUCCUUGUCCCCCCAACGUGGUCGGUAUAACCUUUGACACCAUUGCUGUCGCUAAAACCGCCGCCGCCGCCGUCGCCGCCGCCGCCGCCGCCGCCACCACCACCACCACCACCACCACCACCACCACCACCACCACCACCACCACCACCUCUAAUAUACAUCUUUGCUUUUUUGGACGACUGCUACAUGUGGGUUUAAUUCAAAAUCUGAUGAGGUUUGGUGUCUGUUUGAUUUUCCCCAUCUGUCAUGCAGCUGCGCUUCUUGGAGCAGCAUCUCAGGUCGGACUGUCCUCGUCGACCAGUGGUCUGCCAGUUUUGUCAGGAGAAGAUUGAGAUGCAGGAGCAGCCCCAGCACACAGAAACCUGCAAACGCUUUCCCAUAGCCUGCCCCAAUGGAUGCAAACGCAGUGAACUGCCCAGGGAGGAGCUGGCUGAACACCUGGCCCUGCACUGUCCCCUGCAGCUCAAUAAUUGUCCCUUCACGGAGUAUGGUUGCACAUUUCGAGGUAAAAAGAAGGCCAUUAGGGACCACCUGUCGGAGGAGAUGCUGCUGCAUAUGUUGUUGCUGCGGGAUGCACUGCACGAGUUCCGCAACCUUCUGGACUUGCAGGUAUGCACCUACACAACCGCAUUUCACCGGAGGGGGGUGGGUGGGCGAAGUGCCGUUUAUGAUGUCUGCUGGGUGGUGGGCGUGGACUGUCGCCAGCUGCCAUGUUGUAUAAAAGGAAAACGACAAUAAUAGUCCGUCCGUCGCAAACGACCAGCUCCACUACCUGCGACGACUACUGAGGUUGUUUCUAAUGAAACAGACCCCUGUACGUCUAUCCCCCAUGUGCUUAGAAUACCCACUGCACCGUCCACUGUAGGGUGGAGGACCCGAAUUAGCUGUCGAUGGACUGCGGAUCGUCUAGUAAUGCAUGUUCUUGCAAUAUAAGGUUAGGUGCUGAGGACUAAAUUUCCACCUAAGGGCAGGGAAACGAAAAAUGCAGAUCAACUGAGCACGAAAUUUGGGCUAGCAGAAAUGUCUGCCAGGGCAUAAGCCCAGUUGUGCGAAGGUCAGGAACUUUUUUGAGAUUGAAUGCUAUGCAGUAUUCAGCUGGAUACGGUAUCCGCAUACAUGGUCGGUAACGAUCGGAUGAAGAACCUAAACACACGACCAGCUAAAGGUGCCUGUCUUACGGAAUAGGUGAUAAUAGGGGUUUUACUGGCGGGGCCUAUGUAUGCAUAGAGGAAUGACAAAAUAAGUAGGGAUAAUUGGUAAAUUCGUUUUUCGGACGGAAAAGUUUUAAUACAUUGACAUAUAGCAAUCUAAAUUAAGCAGGACAAUUAAAAAAACCUUAAGUGUCUACGACGAUAGCGCCUCAACUCUCUGAGCUGACGUCAUUGUAGAUAAUCGACCAGACUGUCUACAACGAUCGAUUCUCAACUCUCUGAGCUGAGUUCAUUGCCGAAAAUGCACCAGACCGUCCACAAUGAUUGCUUCUCAACUCUCUGAGCUGAGGUCAUUUUUGAUAAUUCACCAGACUGUAUACAACGAUCGCUUCUCAAAUCUCUGAGCCGAGUUUAUUGUAAAUAAUGGACCAGACCGUCUACAACAGACGAUCCGACCUUGUACAACGAAAGACCAAACAGAAAUAAUCGUGUCGGAGUAAAACGCAUUUAAGCAAAUAUAGUGGGUACUAUUUGUAUGCCAGAGAUGCUUGGGGUCCUUCGCCCGAUCCUUACCCAUUCAUAAUUUUACUCGAAAGUGUCGAUUUUGCCCUCGAUCAACCUCUAGGUUUUCUUGCAUUCCGUCAGCUUGCCGUCCGGCAUGCUGCAUCAUCCGUCAAACUCACCCAUUUUCCAUAUUCCCUUAUAACACAAUUCACAGCAUACUGCCAGCUAGUCGGGCUCCUUCACAGUACCGUUGCUUCACCGUCUUCUAAUGGUAAGACGCGGUCAGGGUGGGCAUAUACAGUAAAUCGGCUGGAUCAUAAAAUGUCAACCUAAAUUCCGAAAUGCGUUUCCGUUUAAACAAGAUUAAUUAGGUAGGGUCGUAAAACUGAUCAGCCCGCAGCUGAUCAGUUUGUAAUAAUUCACUGACCAGAGGAUGUCAGCUUUCGAACGAUUUUCUUUACGGCUGCAUUCAAAAACUAUACUCUGCAAAACAGGACUACUUAUACGGCAUACAUUUUCUCACUGAUUUCCGAUGCCCCUAAAUGUCCAAGUAUAUUUCAUGGAAAACAUGCAUGAAAAUAUCCAUUCUUUUGCUCCGUCGGUAGAAAAUUACGUCUUAUUCCAAUUUUAUACUGGAAGGAAGGGCAUAAUUCAAUUUUAAAAACUUUUCCAAUUUCUGAAUAAUUUUAAACCCAACCUGCCGUUACACAGGGUUCCCAAAUUACAGGCCAUAUAGUUUUCGCGUACGGAAAACUAUAUAUUUCUCUACGGUAUGUAGAGGAGAUUAUAUGUGGUUCAGAAAACUUACCAGUGGAUUUUGACCAUGUUGUUAACUUUAAAGUCACAUUGGUAAAUACAGAGGCAUGACGUUUUAUGAACAGCCAUUUCACGGUAUUAAAAAAUCUCACAAUUAGAAACCUUUUUAAAACCGGAUGAUACUUUUCUUUCGAGCAUAAAAUUAGAAGAUGACGUCAUUUUCUACGGAAUGAGCAAGAGAAUGAAGAUUUUAAUGCAUGAUUUCCAUGAAAUAUAAUUAAAUGAUUAAGUAAAUCGAAAAUCAGUGCGAAAAAUGCAUGCUAAUUAAGUAGGCAUCUUUUACAGAAUGUGGUUUUUGCAUGCAGCCGAAAAGAAAUUCUUACGAAAACCGGCAUCCUGGGAUGAUUGAAUUAUUAUAGAAGCAAGCUGCAAGAUGAGUAGUUUUACAACCCUAAUACGUGAAUCUUUUUGAAACGAAAGCGCAUUUCGGAAUUUUGGUUGACAUUCCAUGAGUCAACCCACCUAUUGUGCGGGUUUGGACUUAUCGACCUUGCCACCAAAAUCGGGCCAGGGAGGCGCUGGACCAACACGGAGGCUAGAUCGGAAUCUGGCAGGCGUUAUCGGGAAAUGACAAGUGCCAACAUUCGGGAUGUGUCGGCACGCCCAGUAACCAGCUCACGCCGCGCCAGUUGGGAACUGUGUCGUCCUUUUUAUUCGUGUCAUGGUAUAAGAUAUUGGUCAGUGUUUAUACGGACCGGGGUAGUAUGGUGAUACACCUAGCUGCGGAUCUGGCCGCGUCGGCCACCUGCGCUCUCUCCCGCCCCGAUCUUCUUGACUCUGCCUUGGUACAGGGUUCAGGUGAGGGAGGAGUAGUGCGGUAGAUGCUGCGCAAGUGCACUAUCACUCUAGACUAAUUCACGAGCAAGUCACCGUGCCUGCUGCACCUUGUUGUGAAGCACACGGUGGAAAUCGUCGGAAUCGACAGUCGGGCUGUCCGUCUCUAAACAACACACUUUUACGCGCUCCGAUAGCAGAAAAGCGUGAGUCGCACGGAAGCGGCAAAUUCAGAGCAGAGCCAGUUGGGGGUGAAAUCAAGUGCAGUGGCCAAAGCCUCCGUCUAACAGAUUUUAGAAGCCUUUUCAUUUCAAACGUUCAGUCCCUUAUUUUCCUUGAAUCAAAUUUCCAAGGUAAACAAGAAUGUUGCGUACAAUGGUCAGCCUCUCUGGGAAACUGCUUAAAGCCCUAACUUCCUGUAGCUCUAAAAGCCACACAGUCACUUGACAAAAGGAUUACAUUCAUAUUGACCCAAAACUCGGCGCCUUGGUGGGAUUCGAACCCACGCAGUAAGGACAAGGCUUUAGUACAGUAAACACUCUAACCACCUGAACUACGAGGCCCCGCCGGACGACGCGAGUUUAAUCCCAUUUGGGUCAAGUUACCCGCCCAACCUACUGCAAAGUCUGAAAUCCCCCAAAUCUGAUACAGUAAGUUGACUGGCCAAGCAGGAUUUCCUAAGCAAUUCACAUAAAAUCCACCAGCUGACUACCAGUAGGUUGGGUUGUCUUUCUAGACAGUCCUUUUCUGUAUAUAUUACUAUUCGCUGUGCAAAUGCUUACGGAGCUCGGAAUCGAUGGUCGAACUGCCAGGUAUGCAUAUGUGAGCGCAGUGCAUACGAUGGGGAGUUUCAAUGGCUUUUUGGAGCAUCAGAACAAAAAUACACUAACGCCGACAAGCAUAUCUCGUUGUUCUUGUCGUUACCGGUCCACUGAACGCGGAAACAAAAUGUCGACUGCACUGCUAAUUCUCCCCAGCGCGGUGGCUUGCGCCUUAACAGAAUUAAAUGGGAGAGUCUUCCUCUCCGACCGUCGCGAGCAACGUCUUUCACUUUAUACCCCACGGAGUUGGCAGAGCACUGAGGAUUUGGGCGUACAGUAGGUGGGUUAACGCAUUGAAUGUCAACCGAAAUUUCGAUAUACGUUUUCGUUUCGAAAAGAUUAAUUAAAUAGGGUUGUAAAACUAGUCAGCCUGCAACAUAAUUCUAUAAUACUUCAGUUACCUCAGGAUGCCGGCUUUUGGACAAACUUCUUUCCGGCUGCAUGCAAAAACCACACUCUGUAAAAAUGACUACUUAUGUAGCAUUUUUCUCAUUGAUUUUCAAUGCCCCUAAAUGUUUAAUUAUAUUUCAUGGAAAAAAUGCAUAAGUACAUUCAUUCUUCUGCUCAAUCGGUAGAAAAUUACGUCUUUCUCUAUGUUUUUGCUCAAAGGAAGGGCAUAAUUCGGUUUUAAACAAGUUUUUAAUUUUAAGAUUUUUAAGACCAUGAAAUUCCCAUUCAAAAAGCAUCGCGCCACUGCAUUUUACUAAUGCUGCUUACAACGUUUACAAUGUGGCUCAAAUCUACUGUUAAACUUUAUGGACCCCACAUGGUCUCCCUUUAGCAGAGUAUAGAAAUUAAUGAUUUUCUAUACACGGAAAAUGUAUAGCUUGUAGUUUGGAAACCCUGAAUGCAAGUCUAAGGGCAAGUCGGGUCCAAAAUUAUUCGGUAAUCAGAAAAGUUUUCUAAAACCAAAUUAUACCCUUCCUUUGAGAAUAAAAUUUGAGGGUAUAACUUUCUACCAAAUGGAUGAAAGAAUGAAUAUUCUUGUGCAUGUUUUCUAUGAAAUGUGCUUGGACUUACAAGGGCAUCUAAAAUCAACGAAAAAAAAUCAUUCUACGUAAUUAAUCAUUCUACACAAUGUGUAGUUGUUGCAAGCGGAUGAAAAAAGUUCGUUCAAAAGCCGCCAUCUCGAUUUCAUUAACACAUCUUAUGAUUGAAAUAGACGAUAAUUAAAAUUGCUACUCUACAUAAAUAAUCUUUUAUAGUCGAAAACCCAUUUCCGAAUUCCGGUUAACAUUUCAUGAGUUAGCCCAUAUACUGUAGUGUUAACUGAGAAGUUAGGUUUAGGGCAGGGUUAGCGCUAAGAUGAGGGUGAGGAUUUACUUUUAUACUAGGGUUAUCGUUGGGGUUAUGACGGGAAAAUAUUUUGACUUUUUAUGGAUUAUGCCAAGGUCCACAUUUAUUAAUUGGGGGAGGGGGCGUUCCUAUUCCCAUGUCCUGUUAAAGGAGCCACAUUAGUCAGCCCUGCAAAGCAUCUACUUUUCUCGCCCAUUCUAUACCCAUCAUUUUCCAAUUAGAAGGCAGAGUCGGGGCUUCGAAUUACUGGCUCUCCAGAUAUCCGCUCCCUUCUGUUUUAGGCUCUGACGAAACAGAUGUGACUUCCUAUUACCUCACAGUAUUCGCAGAAGUCGACGAGGACUUCCAUUACGUGCGAAGAGCAGAGGCACUUUCGUAACAUCGACUCCCCUGUCGUUAUGUCCCAGUUAAACGCUGGACCAAACUGGGAGGGGGUAGGGGAUGAGCAGUAGCAGAGGGACCGACAGGUGACUCAUCCCCGUACAUUGGCUGUCUGAAUGUUCCAUUUCUCAUAUACGCAUACCCACAAACCAGACUGCAACGUCUCGGAUCUCAAGAUGAUAAUUACAGAGGAACCGCAUUAAGAAGGAACCGUUGCAGUCUGACACCCGAUACGGAAGUUUACCGGUCUUUUGUUGACCGUCUUCGAGCCAGCAGUUUAGCCCUCGCGGUAACUGAACAGCGUGCCGCUCUGACAGUUCAUCCUUUUGCAAGCUGCGGACUCCACUGCUGUACUGAAGAGAGUUCAGUGGCGACUUUUGUGACAUCUGCGCGCUCUCUUACAGUAUCCACCAUGUGUCCAUGGCAGAGGGAGUCAGGGCUAUUGAGGGGACAGUGGAUGACAAGACUUCAGUUGCGUCUGCGUGUACCACACGUAUGCCAAUCCACUACGCCCACUAUCAUUACGGCUUCAUUUACGCGCAUAUAAUGAUGAUAAUAGUGCGUCGGGGUGGGUUGCAUGGCCUGCUAUCAGCAGGUUUGUUGUCCUGUCGGUAAGACAUGGAAAAGGAGCCCUUCGCAUGGCGGGUUGGCCUCCAGGACGGGUACCUAUUCCCGUGUCCUGACCAUCGACCUAUUACUGACCUUUAUUUUCCCAAAAUGUGACCUAAGACCGUCCCUAUCAUACCGUCACGUCUCAUAAAACGCGCGACUUGAUCCACAUCUAGUUCAAUAACUUGUGAGCUCUGUGGCGCCUUAGUAGUGCUGCAAUCAUCAGACCAAACCACAAAUAGGAGGGUAGGACCGUAGGCACCUUAAGGAGGAGGAGGAGUUUUAUCGUGGACAGAAUCCCGUGUUGCUAUCUCGGCCAGAGCAGGUGCUAACGGUAUUAAGUUACAACUGCGACAGACAGAAACAGCUUUAAUGGGUCUGUGGGAGCAAAUCCAAGUGGUAUGGUGGCAUGUUCAAUUUGGAUCCAGACGGCUCUGGCUGUUUGCAUACGUGCAUAUACUCAUGUUGCAGUCGUUCAGACAGUAGAGUCAGUGCGUCUGGAAUCGCUCGCUGAGGAGCAUAGAUCGAAGAUACCGAGCAUCACAAUGGCGACCGUUAGCCACAGCUCUGGACGGCCUCUUCAGCAGAGCACGGAGGGAUCCAUGAGAUGCUCUUGAAAAAAAACCACGUAACAGGUAACUCAAAGAUCUCUGAGGAAAAGGGAGUGCUCACCGGAUCGUAGGAAUUGUUUGGCUGACGUUUAGAAGAAAUAGAGCGGCUACUUAUUAUCAAAGCGUCUAGUGCAAAAAUCGAUCAGAAUUUUGAAUAGACAGCCGAAUUAGUUGGCCUUGGGCUAAUCGAUUUUUUUCUUUCUUUGUCGCAUUGGUCUGCUGACCGUCCUUUGUGAGUGCUGGUGGCCUCCUGCAUUGUGCGUCGUCACCUUAAUUGGGGUUAUUCGCGUUUGUGUUCCGAUUUCGGGUGAAUUGGUCGAUCAGCCCAGGGCCAAAUCAUUUGGCUGUCUCUUCAAAAUUCUGAUCGAUUUUUGUACUGGACGUUUUGAUAAUGGAGAGCCGUCAGCCAAACAAUUCCCAUGAUUCGAUGAGCGCUUCCAUUUCCUCAGAUUAUCAACCCCGAUCUCUUAAAGUUGCUGACCUGAGCACAAAAUAUCUCUCGUUAAGCAAACACACAGGUAUUAUAAAAGUUACCUAGUGUCAAAGUACUUCAUUUUUUAGGCGCAGUCUUUAGUUGAAACGCCCUUUUUCAAGAUUUGCGUAAGAUAAGAGCUCCAAGCGUAUAUUUUUCCGUAAGUACGACUUGGCAUUUGGAGCUUCGAAGAUUCAUUUUGAAAUGACCGUUUAAAAGCAAGUCACCAUACUGCCAGGUAAAGAUGAGGUCGAAAUCAUAAUUCCCCUAGAUGAGCCCUCGGACCUCUUUAGGAUGAUUUUUUGCAACUAGAAAAAACGGAGACAUUUUGACCGAAAUCAUGCAAGUUUCGGCACAUGUUGUCCUCGGGCGACGGUACACCGCCGGUUCAAUUGUAUGAGCCUACCAGAAUUAAUCAAAACAGUCUGCCGAGAAUCAACCUAAGUUCCUAGUAUGACGUUCUGCAGUGGUCUGUUGUGAAGCGUUGACCGAAAGACGACCAGUAAUAUAGGGAUCUCCAGAAAUCUUGAGUGAUUGGUUUUUCCAAUUUUUCAGAUCUUAAGUUAAAAUAUCCAUCCUUUGAUCCGUAAUGUUUGUCGUCCAUGGUCUGACUAGCACUCACAGACAUUCUGAACGCUGCGGACGUUGUCUUAUGCUAGUUUUGCUAAAAACAGCCCUCGAGAAGUCGCCCAAAACUUAACAGACGGUUCGUGAUGAUGGUAUAGAGAAACAGUCAAUUGGGAGACAUGUGCAUGUACACGUGCCUCUGACGCGCGAACAGGUCUGCGUCCCUUUUGUUCCCGACCUCACAUGGAAACGGUGUUCUUCGACCUGUCAUGAUUGCAGGUCCGAAUACGUGGGUUUCCUUUUACCCAGGCAGUUGGCCUGGAGCAGCCAAAGACAGUUACACUGCGAGAAUAGAUUAAUGGCAGGAAAUUAACAACGAAAAAAACAUCAGAAGACAAGAAUUGGCAUUUCUGGCCUACUCGAAGUCAUCAGAGGGCCCUAACUCACCAUGGAGCCAAAAAUAAAGAAUUUGAGCCGGGGUCAGUUGAACCUUUGGUUCUGGACCUAGUCUGCGUCAACGGCGGUCAGGAAGUCCGAUUCAGACUUAGAUGCUUCUAAACGUGCGCGAUUCUGCAUUUUUUACACUGGAUAAUACGAAACUGUUAUUACUCAGCUCGAUCUGACAGUUAGGGUAGUUUGUGUCUAUGUUGGCUUUGCCUCCUUGCUAUAGAAUGUUAACUAUGGAACCACGUACGCGCCAUUCCACUGUUCCUUUGGUAUAAUUUCGUUUAAGUGUGCAUUCCUGAUUGACAGUGUGACUAACAAACGUUCAUGCAAUAGUUGGAUAAAACUGCUUUCUAAUUAAAGAUUAGGAAACUCUCUUGCUGGCUAAAUGUCCGAAUUAUGGGCUUUAGAAAAACAAGGUAGGCUGAGUGUUUCAGUUUUACUGGUUCCAAUGCUGUUGUCAAGAUGACAUUUGCACUGAAAUGUAGCCUUUUUCCAAAGACCAACUGUUUUCUGCGUGGUCUCAUGGUAAACUGAACAAUUGUUCCGUCGCCAUGGUAAAGGGUGUCUACUGAAUGCAAAGCGACAUGUAGGAGUGGGAUGGGGUUCGCGUGUUUUUUGUUUUCUCGUCUUUUCUGAAAGCGUUUAUUUAAGUCAUGCGUGCUUGCAAAAAAAAACACCGCAAUAUUUAAUAAUUUGGUGCGCUUUACCAGACAAAGGAUAGCGUAUCAGAGCGAUCACGUAAUCAGUAUUCUUCGCGUUGGUUGAGGCCUAUUGAAGAUGUAAGUUGCGGUGUCCCCUGCAGCAAACGUAAGUGACUGACCCAAGGAAAUUCCCAAAACGACGGUAUCGAAUCAUAUUCAAUUAUCUGUGCAGAAAGGAGGAAAGGGAAGGAAAUAUUACAAAGUACAGAAUCCCUGUAAUUUCCAGUUAGAAGGGAGGUAGUUUUCUUUUUUAGAGGGCGACAUAUGAACAAAUGGGGAGGCGAAUAGCCCAAGCAUUUAGCUUUUCAGACGACCUUUACUAAAAGAGGCAAAGAGGUUAGGCCCUGGAAACAGUCACGAAGAAUGAUCAAGAGCUUUAUUCGCCUGACGCUUUGGAUUCCUUCUCGAACUCAUCAUCAGAGACAUUAGCAGAUACGAGUAGUUUAUUUUCAAAUGGCUAGUGUAUUUAUGGGAUGCAGUCGGAUGAUAACGCAUACCCAUGAAUAGUUACGGUUCCCACCCCCCUUCAUCAGGGAUCGUUGCACUUGGUGUGAUGACUAUUUUAUGGCCGGCAUUCGAGUCUUUAAUCGUUGCCAUUUCAUCACGUGUGCUGGAUAUUGAAGUGAUGAUUGUUCGACCAUCUGGUCCAUCGAUCCUGGCCUAGGGAACAGUGUUCGACUGUGUGCUCCCCACGUGGCUAAUUCACGCUGAAUUCACUGGUGCUACGACUACUUCCUGGGGCGCACAGGAAGCAUUGUCGCCGGCAACGGCCGAUCCGCCACAUGAAGAGUGACCUGUAUGGAGAUACACGCACAUGGGCUGGUUUAUCUUCCAGGUCGGCAGACCGGAAAUGGCACCGUGUGUCAUUGUGGCACAAAUGUCCGCAAGCUGUGACAGGGAUUUUGCGAACAAUGGCACUUGCUGACCUAAAACUAUGCGUACGAACACUUGAUGAUCGCCUGUACUGCUCUCAAGCAUCAAAGAAAUUAUGAACUUGACAACGGACAAGGCGAUGAGAUCAAACGACAGCGGGCACGUAGGCUAAGUGGGAUGUUUCCGUAGCAGAUGUGGAUUUUUCUCCUACCGUUACGGACCAUACGGUCUACUUCCGCGGUAGAUGUAACUGUAGCAAGAAUUUUCGCAUGUUGAGAAUUAGUCGGCGGGGACUUUUACUGUUGGUGGAGGGGCACUCACCAAUAGUUUUUAAUGGACUCUCUCGUCUCUUUGUGCCUUAUGGGCUCGAUAGAAAUUGCCCUUAAGACAAAACGGGAGGAGUGAGUCCCCUAAGAACGAUCGGUGAGCGUCCAUCCACCAUUGCAUAUUCCCGAUCGAGACCGACAGGACAACAAGCCCGUGGCUCAGUGGUUAGUGGCGUUGGACUUCUAAGCAACAGGUUCCGGGGUCGUGCCCCAGGUGUUCCAAACCCCGGCGUUGGGAAUGACUGACUGACGGCAGUUAAUAAGCCAGAUAGGGCCAUUUCAGUCUCCCUUGUCUUUGUCAGUAGUUCCAUUCUACUUUUACUAUUGUCAAAACUCCGUAAUUAACUAGAGUGUAACUAGGCCCCUGGUCCGUCUGACAAUAGACUACAUUCACUGCUACUAACUGAAGACCAACCAAUCAGACUCUAUCUUUCUCCAGACCAUUGAAUUAUGUUCAUCCGCCUGCAGGUUCAGGCCGUCCACGAAAGUCAGGCAACCAUCAAGAAAUUGCAGACGAAACUACAGAGGAGUGAAGCCUACUUUGAGCCCUCCUUCAUCUGGCGCAUCGAGGGCUACCGCCAGAAGUUCGAAGAAGCCCAGCAGGGAAAACGAACUGCCCUCUUUAGUCAACCCUUCUACAGGUAUUUACCGUAAUCGCCGACUCGAUUAUUCUGCUGGACUAUUUAACUAAUUGAUUCCGUGAGAAUUCUUGUUUUCACGGACGGAGGUCCGGCAACAGUCAGUGUAAACCAACGCUAUAGGUCAGUGCGGACUAGUUGGUUGGAAGUGUCAUACCCCUGAUAACUUCAGUUCAGUUUCACUUUACCUGAUUGCCAAAUGAUUGAUUAACGCCAACUGUUCAUAACCAGUUAAUAAAGGCUACUGAUGGAAAAUGAGUAGCUUGUAAUGCGGCAUUAAGAUGGUCAAUAUGAGUUCAUGACCUAACUGAGAGGAAGUUACUUGCGUUGGACUGUGGCAGUUAGAAACAAAAAAUCGUUAAUACUUACGAAUAACAGAGAUCAGGGAGGCUAGAAUGACCUCCUUAAACGGCGUUAGCCCAACCCCAGACUGCGGUGACCGAGCCCAUGAACAGGACCUCCACAAGAGAAGCUAAGGCUAGAGCCCGUGGUCUGCCAUCCAGUUUAAGAAACAUUUGGUUCAGCCAAAAGUGAGUAUUUGCGUCCAUAAUGCGUUUGUCCACAAUACUGCUGCGUUGUUGGCUGAUUGCUGCUAUGUGUGAGGUUUUGUCUGGAUUUUUGCACAAAAGAUAAAUGCUUUCAUUUCGUCCACUAGAAAAGUAAAAUAAGUUAUGGCUACUCUUGAAAACCAAUUCACAUAUUUUACGCUUUCUGACAAUAUUUUCCAAUAUCUUCAAUUAUUUUGUUCUACGAGAAACAGUUGACACACAUUUUGUUGCUUAGUUUCGUUUUAUAUAACCUUACGUACUUGCAACUGUUCUCACAUGUUAUAAGGAAAUAAUCAGAUUUGGAAAAUCAUAAUUGUGAGGCUGUACCAGGGAUCUAUUUGACAAGUGUCCCAAAUUUACUCCUGACAUAUUCCUUUAACCUGCCUCCGUAUCCUGACAUUUGGUGUUUUUUUUGGAUGAUAACGUCAAUGAAAUGCAUUGGGACGCUUUAAGCGAGUGUACAUAUUAAGUGAUUGUAAAACCGCGAGCAGAAAAUUCGCAGCCAAAAAACGCACAAAAUGCUCAGCCUUCCCCCGGCGGAAAUCCUCAUUUCUUUCAGACAACCGGUUUUCGAGGACAACACUUCCUGAAGUUCUACUGAAAAAGUAUUCUUUCAUUCAUGAUUUACAUAGUGAAUGAUCGGUAUCUGGUAAGCUAACUGGAUAAAGUCAGUUGAUCGUGUAGUAAUUCCACUUCAGCCGUCCGCUCCCUUUUGACAUGCACUUCCACGUAUGCUGAUGGGCAGUCUUUUGCCUGACAUUUCGAGGCUUUGUAUUAUGAUCCCGUGUGAACCUGAAAGGGGUCAUAUGGUAAAUGCGCUUGACUAGCACCAAUACGAGGGGAAGGCCGGAGUUCGUCAGGCGUUAUCGGCAUGCACACUAAUGACAACAUUAGGCUCAGUUACAAAUUCAUGCCACGCCAGCUGGGAUCCGAGCCGCCUAUUCCCUUAUUUUUUGUUGUGUUAUAGAGUCCUGGCCAGUGUACGUCAUGGCCCAUCGGAUAUGUUGGUACAGUAGGUGAGCUAACUCAUAAAAUGUCAACCGAAAUUCCGAAGUGUGCUUUCGUUUCGAAAAAGAUAAUUAAGUAGGGUUGUAAGACUAGUUAGUCUGCAACAUAAUUCUGUAAUAUUUCAGUUGCCACAGGAUGCCGACUUUCGAAUGGACUUCCUUGCAGCUGCAUGAAAAAACUACACUCUGUACAAAACGGCUACUUACAUAGCAUGCAUAUUUCUCAUUGAUUUUCGAUGCCCCUAACCGUCCAAUUAUAUUUCACGGAAAAGGCAUAAAAUAUUCAAUUUUUUGCUCAUUCGGUAAAAAAUUACGUAUUCCUCCAAUUUAUACCCAAAGAAGGGACAUAAUUCAGUUUCAAAAAGUUUUCAAUAAUGGAAUUUUAAAUACCAUGAAAUGGCCUUCACAAAUCGUCAGAUCUCAGCACUUGCCAUUUUGGCUCGAAAAGUUAACAAUAUGGCUCGAAUCACUCCUUAAUUUUAUGAAACCCAUAUGGCUUCCCUUUAUUGCAGUAGAGAGAUGUGCGGUUUUUCAUACGCGUAAAAUAUAACUUGUAGUUUUGAAACCCUGAAUGCAAGUGUUACGGCAUAGCGGGUUCAAAAAUAUUCGGGAAUUGGAAAAGUUUUUGAAAACCGAAUUAUACCCUUCCUUCGAAUAUAAAAUUAGAAGCAGACGUAAGUAUCUGCUAAAUGAGCGAAAGACUGAAUACUUUUAUACAUGUUUUUCAUUAAAUACAAUUGAUUUUUUAAGGGUAUCGAUAAUAAAUGAGAAAAAAUCAUGCUAAAUAAGUAGUCGUUUUUUGCAGUGUAGUUUUUGCAUGCAGCCGGAAGGAAGUUCAUUCGAAAGCCGGCAUCCUGACAUAACUGAAAAACUAAAGAAUUAUUUUGCAUGCUCACUGCUUUUACAACCCUACUUAAUUUUUUUCGCACCAAAAACGCAUUUCGGAAUUUCAGUUGACAUUUCAUGAGUCAGCCCACCUACUGUAGAUGCGAGCAUUCGCCGUGCGCUCUUCCCUGCUCCCGGUAUUCUUGACUCUGUCUUAGCACCGAGCCAAGGUAGGGAGGAGAGAGCGCGGUAGAUGCUGCGAAAGUCUGCCAUCACGUUAAACUGACUCACGGGCUAGUCAUCGUCCCCGCUUCCGCCCUGCCUUGGUGCAAACGGUGGGCAUCGUCGGAAACGGUGGCCGAACUGUCAAAUGGUGAUCGUAUGGCGUUUGACCAGUCCCUCAAACCAAGGGUCUCUGUCUACUGUUCGGCCAGUCAUGUGUGCAUGCAGGGCAUUCGGACACGUUUUCCGGCGGCGCGGACGCAUGCGCCUCUCGUUCGGCUAUCAGUUAGUCCAAACUUAUUCUUCCUCUUCUGGUGUCUGGAUGCGUCCUUAAAGGAGACUGUUGUGAAGGCAUUGACUAAAUGACAAAACUUUUAUAACGACCAUAGGUGCCACUCAACCGCUCGCAAUCGCAAACUACUUGCCUGUUUUGAAUUUUCACACGUUUCUUAGCAGGUACAAUUAAAACUUUUCACAAAGAUUUAUUACAAAUGAUAAAUGCAACGAUCAGCAUAACCAUUCCAAACUAUGUGCCAAACAAACACUGCGUCGGACGGUAGAGGGAUGUACUUUUUCGAGGCGUCACUGAACAUGUGACGUAGGAUUUUUGAAGUUGCCUUGCCAUUAUUAUGCCAAUAUUUUUUCAAGUGCACUGGUUAAGGGAUUCCAGAAAAAAGGAAAUAUUGAGUGUGCGUAGGCUGCCUCAAAUCAAAAUGGAGAAGCCUCCAUGCAACUUUGCAGAAAAAUUGAAAUGUCAAGUUGGCGAACGCACGUUUUCGGUAAUUCUUCCUCAGGCCAAUACAAUUACAUGAACGAAUGAAAAUGUACAAACUCAUCAGUGUUUAUAGAUGCAUCAAGGGCUAUCAAUGUGCAUUUAUUCAUUCACUUGCUCCUCUGGAGCAGGAUACAUCGGCCGCACAACGAGACGCCUGGUAAAGAGGGUACGUGAACAUAUGCCCGCCUGGCUAGACAGAGGUGAGAUCCGGUCGAUUUCGAGUUCUAUUCUCGCGCAUUUAAUCGAUACGAACCACCGAGUCGAUGCCAAGAAAGCAUUUCAGGUUGUCUACCGGACACCAGCAUGCUUCUCUAAGGGCCUACGCUAACAGAUACUAGCAACGGCAGAGGCAGUAGCUAUACGGUUAGUGAAUCCGGUGUUAUGCUGUCAGAAAACUCUGACACAAGCGCUUUCGCUGCCGUGGCCAACGCCAACCCCAAGUUAUGAAGCCAUGCCGCCUCAAAUCCCUAAUCACGAUGAUGGGUACUCCGUGUACUCAACCCAAGAUCAUUACUCAAAGACUCUCUUACCUCACGAAUGAAGGCGAAAUUUCGAGUUCCGGGUGUAUACAUAUUUGAAGAAGAAGAAGAAUCGAGCACCGGAACAAUUCGUUUAUUAUCCUGAGCUUUCAGACUCGAACAGGAGUCCAUCGUCAGAGGUAGUGGCAGAAACAGGACAGGGCCUCGGAUGAGAACUCGGUCAAUCGAUUUAUCGAUCUGGCGCCGGCGUACAGAGCCCUUCUUAGUCACCUCCAGUCGUGCGACGUCGGUCGAUGAUUGGGUCUACGUGCCUUAUAACUGCCGUUUGUCCUGUUUCUGCCACUACCUCUGACGAUGGACUCCUGUACGAGUCUGAAAGCUCAGGAAAAUAAACGAAUUGUUCCGGUGCUCGAUUCUUCUUCUUUUUCAAACUCUCUUACCUCCCUCCCCUAGCCCUGACGACUAACACCCGCCGACCGUCUCAUGCGGGCGGCGUGGGGAUGAUGAGUAUUAGUGACUUAAUAGCCCUUUAGGCAUCUAUAGACACUGUUGAUUUUGUACAUUUUCAUUCGUUUCAUGUAAUUGUAUUGGCCUGAGGAAGAAUUACCGGAAACGUGCGUUCGCCAACUUGUCUUUUCAAUUUGCAGAAAAAGCUGUCCCUGAGGCGUUUACUCAUGCAUAUCGAUCGAUCGGUUUGUGACCAUGGAUUGGACACAAUCGUGCAUCGUUUCAGACCAGUGAUUUCAUUGGUUGAUGGGUGAGGAACAUCCCGUUGCCAGUACGUCCACUGGAUUGAUUGCGUUGAACAUCUAUUUAAAAUGGUCCCUUGCCAAUGGGAGGUCUUAUGACAUAGAUGAGGGUUACAGAGUACGCUGGUGUACGACUGCUUGUAUCCGGUAGGUGCUGCGAUAUGCGUUGGCCUGAAGCGUUAAAGUGAACUGUCUUUGCGACCACCGCUGGCGUUCACAGUAUAAAAAACCAAAUCUAAAAAUGUCUGUAGGCUUCGUCAUCACAGUAUAGGACUGGUAUUCUUCCUUUACCGAUGGUCAGCAUAGAGUGAGCCGCUUAAUUUAUUACCUUGAUCCUCUCAUCUUGGCGAUAUAAGCAUGAAUGCAGGGUGCGUAUGAACAGAUUGAAAGUUGCGCUGAAACUACCUUUUUUUUCCUCCUUCCGUAAGUAACGGAGAGUGUUGAAACAUGUAUUUUGAGAAGGGCAGCAGUCUAACUGUCAUAUAUUGUGAGAACGUACCAACACAUACCAUCUUUUCCAACUCUCAUGAAACAUACGAAUUAAUCUAAAAAGGCCUAACAAUCACAAGGAUAUUCGAUGUGCAGUAGAUGUGCUAACUCAUGAAAUGGCAACCAAAAUUUCGUAAUGCGUUCUCGUUUCGAAAAGAUAAAUUAAGUAGUGUUGUGAAAAUAAUCAUGAUGCCGCAUAAAUCUAUAAUGAUCCAGUUACCUCAGGGUGUCGGCUUUCGAAAGAACUUAUUUUUGGCUGCAUGCAGUAUCUAUACUCCGCAAAAAGUGACAUCAUAAAUAGUACAGAAUUUUCGCAUUGAUUUUCGAUGCUCUUGAAAAUUCAAUUAUAUUUCAUAGAAAACAUGCAUAAAAACGUUUAUUCUUUUACUUAUUCGGUAGAAAGUCACGUCUUCUUCCAAUUUCAUACUCAAAAGACAGUACAAUUCGGUUUUAAAAAGGUUUCUAAUUGUGAGAUUUUUUAAUACCGCAAAAUGGCAGUUCAUGAAACGUCAUGUAUCUGCAUUUACCAACGUGGCUUGUAAAGUUAACAAUAUUGCUCAAAUCAACUGCUUAAUUUUAUGAACCUUAUAUGAUCUCCUCUUAAUACCGUAGAGAAAUGCAUGCAAUAUUGUUAACUUUACAGGCCACAUUGGUAAAUGCAGAUACAUGACGUUUCAUGAAUUGCCAUUUUGCGGUAUUAAAAAAUCUCACAAUCAGAAACCUUUUUAAAACCGAAUUGUACUGUUUUUUGAGUAUGAAAUUGGAAGAAGACGUGACUGUCUACCGAAUAAGUAAAAGAAUAAAUAUUUUUAUGCCUGUUUUCCAUGAAAUAUAAUUGAAUUUUCAAGGGCAUCGAAAAUCAAUAAGAAAAUUGUAUGCUAAUUAAGUAGUCAUUUUUUGCAUAGCAUAGAUACUGCAUGCAGCCAAAAAUAAGUUCUUUCGAAAGCCGACACCCUGAGGUAAUUGGAUCAUUAUAGAUUUAUGCGGCAUCGUAAUUAGUUUUACAACACUACUUAAUUUAUCUUUUCGAAACGAGAACGCAUUUCGAAAUUCUGGCUGCCAUUUCAUGAGUUAGCACAUCUACUGUACUGUUAAGUAUCGAAGUUCUUUAGCCACAUUCGUUAGAAAUUGUAACCUCAGGCUUUUCUUGCCGCAAAUGUUCUCACGUCCGAAGGAAUAGAAGCUAUAAAUUCAACAGUCCAGAAAGAAAAAGCCGGAAGUCAAUAAAAAAGAGGUUCUUUUCCGUCUCGGGUGCCAGAAAAGCAUUUUUUCAGUUAGGAAUUAAUUCCGUUUCAUAAGAAACCCUCGAACAAAUGACUUACAAACUGUAUUGACUGGAAUCAUUUUGUUUUCAAUACUCAUCCAGUCAUCGUCAUGGCUACCGUGUGUGUCUGUCGAUUUGUCCUUACGGAGAACAGCGCUACCGCGGAAAGUACUUGUCUGUCUUUGUCUGCCUCUGCCGUGGAGAAUACGACGCCCUCCUGAGCUGGCCAUUUUCACUCCCGGUAAUAUUUAAAUCAAAUGGCCUACUUCCGAAAUACAAGUAGAAUGUUUAGAUUCAGUUUAUAUAAUUACAUACUAUCUUACAGAUAACUGUAAAGUUGCUGGAUCAGUCUAUAGACCCGACUAUGAGGAAGGAUCACAGCGUCCUAAUAAGGCCGAACCCCAUACCAAGCAACAACGCCUAUUUGAAGCGACCAACAAGCGAACGUAACCAGUGCUUUGGGUCUCCGCGAUUUAUUGAGCUGGAACAAAUGAAUGCCCGGGAGUUCGUUGUGGACAACACCCUCUACCUGAAAGCCCUCUUUGAGAUUGAGACUUAG